UGGCUUUCUGGGUGGCGCCUGUGUCGGCCUCCGCGCCAGUUUCGGGCUGGUUGGCGCGGAAUCGGAAGACUCCGGGACCAUGGCGCUGGCGUAUGGCGAUGACUGCGAGCUGGGGGCGAGCGCUGUGUCAGAUUCAGGGAGUUUUGUAACUUCUCGAUCCCGGAGAGAGAAGAAAUCAAAGAAAGGGCGACAGGAAGCUCUGGAAAGACUGAAAAGGGCUAAAGCUGGUGAGAAGUAUAAAUAUGAAGUAGAGGACUUCACAAGUGUUUAUGAAGAAGUUGAUGAGGAACAGUACUCGAAGCUGGUCCAGGCCCGCCAGGAUGACGACUGGAUCGUGGAUGAUGAUGGUAUUGGCUAUGUGGAGGAUGGCCGAGAGAUUUUUGAUGAUGACCUUGAAGAUCAUGCCCUUGAUUCCCAUGAGAAAGGAAAAAAUAAUAAAGCAUGCAGCAAAGACAAGAGGAAUGUCAAGAAGGCCAUGGUGACAAAACCGAACAAUAUCAAGUCAAUGUUCAUUGCCAGUGCUGGAAGGAAAACCGCAGAUAAAGCUGUUGACUUGUCCAAGGAUGAUCUGCUAGGUGAUAUUCUACAGGAUUUGAACACUGAGACACCUCAAAUAACUCCACCACCUGUAAUAAUACCGAAGAAGAAAGGAUCCAGUGGAGCUUCACUGAAUCCUUUCUCUAUGCACACCCCCAAGGCAGCUCCUUCAGGAAAAACCACUUCCCCGGUCUCAAGGAAGGAGCCUUCAUUAACCCCUGCCCCUCUUAAAUGUGCUGGAUUUGCUGGAGAGCCGGUGCUGGCAUUGCGUACAGUUGACCAGGAGGAGUCAGGGGCAAUGGAUUUUGAAGAUGGUGACUUUGAUGAGCCCAUGGAAACGGAGGAGGUGGAUGUGGAGCCGGUGGGUGCCAAGACCUCCGACCAAGAGAGGGAGCCAGCAGAGGGGACAAAACAUGAGGCAGAUCCUGGGAAAGGGACCAUAUCCUACUCAGCAAGUUUUCUCCCAGAUGUCUCUUGUUGGGACAUUGAUCAGGAAGAUGACAGCAGUUUCUCAGCCCUGGAAGUUCAAGUGGAUUCCAGUCACCUCCCACUGGUAAAAGGGGCAGAUGAGGAACAAGUAUUUCAGUUUUAUUGGCUGGAUGCUUAUGAAGAUCCGUACAGCCAACCAGGUGUGGUGUUUCUAUUUGGCAAAGUUUGGAUCGAAUUCGCCCAAACCCAUGUGAGCUGUUGUGUCAUGGUGAAAAACAUUGAGCGAACGCUCUACUUCCUUCCGCGUGAAACGAAAAUUGAUCUAAAUACAGGGAAAGAAAGUGGAACUCCAGUUACAAUGAAGGAUGUUUAUGAUGAAUUUGAUGAGAAAAUAGCAGCAAAAUAUAAGAUUAUGAAAUUCAAGUCCAAGGCAGUGGAAAAGAACUAUGCUUUUGAGAUACCUGAUGUUCCAGAGAAGUCGGAGUACUUGGAAGUUAGAUACUCGGCUGAAAUGCCACAGCUUCCUCAGGAUUUGAAAGGAGAAACUUUUUCUCAUGUAUUUGGGACCAACACAUCCAGCUUGGAACUGUUCUUGAUGAACAGAAAGAUCAAAGGACCUUGUUGGCUCGAAGUAAAAAAUCCACAGCUCUUGAAUCAGCCAAUCAGUUGGUGUAAAGUUGAGGCAGUGGCCUUGAAACCGGACCUGGUGAACGUAAUUAAGGAUGUUGGUCCGCCUCCACUUGUGGUCAUGUCUUUGAGCAUGAAGACAAUGCAGAAUGCAAAGACACAUGAAAACGAGAUUAUUGCUGUGGCAGCAUUGGUGCAUCACAGCUUCGCACUAGAUAAAGCACCCCCACGGCCUCCCUUUCACUCACACUUCUGUGUUGUGUCUAAACCAAAGGAUUGUAUUUUUCCAUAUGAUUUUAAAGAAGGCAUUAAGGAAAAGAAUGUGAAGGUUGAGGUUGCUGCAACAGAAAGAACACUGCUAGGUUUUUUCCUUGCAAAAAUUCACAAAAUUGAUCCUGAUAUCAUUGUGGGUCAUAAUAUUUAUGGGUUUGAACUGGAAGUGCUACUUCAGAGAAUUAAUGUGUGCAAAGUUCCUUACUGGUCCAAGAUAGGUCGGCUGAAGCGAUCCAACAUGCCAAAGCUUGGGGGCAGGAGUGGAUUUGGUGAAAGAAAUGCUACCUGUGGCCGAAUGAUCUGUGAUGUGGAAAUUUCAGCAAAGGAAUUGAUUCGUUGUAAAAGCUACCAUUUGUCUGAACUUGUUCAACAGAUUCUGAAAACUGAAAGGGUUGUAAUCCCAAUGGAAAAUGUACGAAAUAUGUACAGUGACUCUUCUAGUCUGUUGUACCUGUUGGAACACACCUGGAAAGAUGCCAGGUUCAUUUUGCAGAUCAUGUGUGAGCUAAAUGUUCUUCCAUUAGCAUUGCAGAUCACUAACAUCGCUGGGAACAUUAUGUCUAGGACGCUGAUGGGUGGACGAUCCGAGCGUAAUGAGUUCUUGUUGCUUCAUGCAUUUUAUGAAAACAACUAUAUUGUGCCUGACAAGCAGAUUUUCAGAAAGCCUCAGCAAAAACCGGGAGAUGAAGAUGAAGACAUUGAUGGAGAUACCAAUAAAUACAAAAAAGGACGUAAGAAGGCAGCUUAUUCUGGAGGCUUGGUAUUGGACCCCAAAGUUGGUUUUUAUGAUAAGUUCAUUUUGCUUCUGGACUUCAACAGUUUGUAUCCUUCCAUCAUUCAGGAAUUCAACAUUUGUUUUACAACGGUGCAAAGAGUUGCUUCAGAGGCACAGAAAGUUACAGAGGAUGGAGAACAAGAACAGAUCCCUGAGCUGCCAGAUCCAAGCCUGGAAAUGGGCAUUUUGCCCAGAGAGAUCCGGAAACUGGUUGAGCGGAGAAGACAAGUCAAACAGCUAAUGAAACAGCAAGAUUUAAAUCCAGACCUUGUCCUUCAGUAUGAUAUUCGACAGAAGGCUUUGAAGCUCACGGCAAACAGUAUGUAUGGCUGCCUGGGAUUUUCCUACAGCAGAUUUUAUGCCAAACCACUGGCUGCUUUGGUGACAUACAAAGGAAGGGAGAUUUUGAUGCAUACGAAAGAGAUGGUGCAGAAGAUGAAUCUUGAAGUUAUUUAUGGAGAUACAGAUUCAAUUAUGAUCAACACCAAUAGCACCAAUCUGGAAGAAGUGUUUAAAUUGGGAAACAAGGUGAAAAGUGAAGUGAAUAAGUUGUAUAAACUACUUGAAAUAGACAUUGAUGGCAUUUUCAAGUCCCUGCUACUGCUGAAGAAAAAGAAGUACGCUGCUCUGGUUGUUGAGCCAACAGUGGAUGGGAAUUACGUCACCAAACAGGAGGUGAAAGGAUUAGAUAUAGUUAGAAGAGAUUGGUGUGAUCUUGCUAAAGACACUGGAAACUUUGUCAUUGGCCAGAUACUUUCGGAUCAAAGCCGGGACACCAUAGUGGAAAACAUUCAGAAGAGGUUAAUAGAAAUUGGAGAAAAUGUGCUAAAUGGCAGUGUCCCAGUGAGCCAGUUUGAAAUUAACAAGGCGUUGACAAAGGAUCCCCAGGAUUAUCCUGAUAAAAAAAGCCUACCUCAUGUACAUGUUGCCCUCUGGAUAAAUUCUCAAGGAGGCAGAAAGGUGAAAGCUGGAGAUACUGUGUCGUAUGUCAUCUGUCAGGAUGGGUCAAACCUCACUGGGAGUCAGAGGGCCUAUGCACCCGAGCAGCUGCAGAAGCAGGACAAUUUAAGCAUUGACACCCAGUACUACCUGGCCCAGCAGAUCCACCCAGUUGUGGCUCGAAUCUGUGAGCCAAUAGAUGGAAUUGAUGCUGUCCUCAUUGCAACGUGGUUAGGACUUGACGCCACCCAAUUUAGAGUUCAUCAUUAUCACAGAGAUGAAGAGAAUGAUGCUCUCCUUGGUGGCCCAGCACAGCUCACGGAUGAAGAGAAAUACAGGGACUGUGAAAGGUUCAAAUGUCCAUGCCCUAUAUGUGGAACUGAGAAUAUUUAUGAUAGCGUCUUCGAUGGUUCGGGAACCGAUAUGGAGCCCAGCUUGUAUCGUUGCAGUAACAUCGAUUGUAAGGCUUCGCCUCUGACCUUUAUGGUACAGCUGAGCAACAAAUUGAUCAUGGACAUUAGACGAUGCAUUAAAAAAUACUACGAAUUGAUGGCGGUGAUAGGACUGAAGCAUCCUUUGUCUCUCCAGGGCUGGUUGAUUUGUGAGGAGCCAACAUGUCGAAAUCGAACUCGGCACCUUCCCCUUCAGUUCUCCCGAAAUGGACCUCUUUGCCAAGUCUGCAUGAAAGCUACACUUCGACCAGAGUAUUCUGAUAAGUCCCUGUACACCCAGCUGUGCUUUUACCGGUACAUUUUUGAUGCGGAGUGUGCACUGGAGAAACUUACUACCGAUCAUGAGAAAGAUAAGUUGAAGAAGCAGUUUUUUACUCCCAAAGUUCUUCAGGACUAUAGAAAACUCAAGAACACAGCAGAGCAGUUCUUGUCCCAAAGUGGCUACUCCGAAGUGAAUCUCAGCAAACUCUUUGCCGAUUGUGCUGUGCGGUCCUGAGGGGUUCCCGGAAGUGGACGCUCGGGGGCGGUGGAAGGAAGACCCGCAUCCUCGGCACCUGCACCGUGGCCCUGGCUGCUUCUCCUGCAUCGCUUUUCCUUUGGGACUACAUAUCAUGUUUGUGUGGAUGUUGCUUGGGAGGGGGAUUAUUAAGGGGGAAGGAACUGCAAAAAUAUUUAAUCUGCCAAGCACCAGAGAACAGCAAAACCGCCUUCCCCUGACAGUAUACCUCGUGCUGUCGAAACACCACCUGGAGAUGGCUGCGUCACAUUCGCACUGGGGACUGGAUUUCUAGGGGAGGGGUCGGUGAGGGAAGAGAAAUUGAGAGUGGCUGGGAUGCAAGUCGCCCCAAGCUUUGCCCCAGGACCUUCAGCAGAGGCGCCCCCAGAAAGAGGGGGGUUCGUGGAGCUUGGUCGGAGGGCUGACACUUUGCCUUUUCACGGGCCAGUUAAAUCCAGUCUGAACCCAAGUGCUUCCCGGGCUGCGGGCUCCAGGAGUGGCUAUCCUUUUCAGUCUUUCUGUCAUAUAGGUGGCCGAGGGGGGAGAUUUAGAAGCCUUGCACUGACUAGAUAGAUUAAACAGAGCUUACUUGUGUAUUGAAUUUCUCCAAAGCCCAACAUGCACGCGUACAUGCACACUGGGCAGCCGUUUUACACUCACCUUCCUUUUUUAUUUCCUCAAGUAGAAAAUCUAGGUAAAGGUUUAUACAAAAGGAAAGCACAUGUUAAAUAAUUUCACAUCCUAUAGCAUUUCAUUAAAAAUGUGUAUAGGUUGCGGUGAGGAUCAUUGUGUUAUAUUCAGAAAAACUGGGGGGAGAGAUGGUUAAUCGGCCCUGGCGCUAUUUUUCUCAUUUCUUCAGAACGGUGCCUUUUUGCCAGAAGCCAAACGUAUUUCAAUGUAUCAGUCUUUCCUUUCUUACGUUCUUGGUAAGAUUAUACUAACAAAACAUAUUUCCCCUUGUACAACUAUGCUAUAUUCUUAAAAAAUAUCUACCUAUGGAUUUUCAUAAAAGAAACAUAUGCUGUGCUUUUUCUUUCACUUCGGAAUAAAGCUUUCUAAAGGGAAA